AUGGACCCAUGGAAUGAGACUACGUUCAUAUACUUGGAUGAACUCAUCUGUUUGGAAGGGCGAGGCAAGAGCGCUGGUGAACCAUGUUCAUGUGGGGAUCUUUCCGCCUCUUUUCGAUGUCAAGAUUGUCUGUCCCCUCUGCUAUAUUGUCGCACAUGCAUUUUGCGAUCACACCUCAAUAUGCCGUUCCAUAGAAUGGAGGAAUGGAAGGAUGAUUUUUUUCACGCUGUUACCCUCAAGUCUCUAGGCCUUCGCAUUCAACUUGGUCACAGGUUGGGAGAAACAUGCCGUCGCCCGAGGCCUGCCUCUCACGAUGACUUUAUCAUCAUUGAUAUUCAUGGUAUUCACGAAGUCGGUCUAGACUUCUGUGGCUGCGAACGCGAAGCCUCUCACUACAAGCAGUUACUUCGGGCACGUUUGUUCCCCGCGACAGUCACCAAUCCUAGAACCGCUGCAACGUUCGGCGUCUUGAAGUUUUUCCAUCUCCUUUCAUUCGAGUCGAAAGUAUCGGCAUAUGAAUUCUAUCAUAGUUUGGCGCGCCAGAGUGACAAUACUGGUGUCACACCAAUACGAGAUCGCUACUCUGUGUUUCUUAGGAUUAUGCGCGAGUGGAGAAAUCUUAGGUCACUGAAGCGCGCUGGACGCGGUCACGAUCCCGCAGGCGUCAGCGGAACUCGAGAGGGAGAACUUGUUCUCCUAUGCCCAGCAUGCCCACAACCCGGUAAAAAUUUACCGGACGGGUGGGAAUCAUUGGGUCAACAAUGGAUGUAUAGUGUUUUUCUCGCAAUAGACGCGAACUUCCGUCUUAAGCGCCGAGCGAUCUCCUCCGACAGGAAAGACCCAGGUCUCAGUAACGGCUGGGGCUACUUCGUCAACGAGGGGCAUUACAAGGCCUACAUAGCUAACAGCUCAGCUGCCAUACAAGAGAGGAGCACUUGCGUGAGCCAUAGCGCCGUGAACAUGGCGGAUACAAAAUCGUCGAAAGGAUUUGCUGCUACGGGCGUCGGUACAGUCGACUGUGCCCGCCAUGAUAUGAAAUUAGCAAAUGGUGUGGGGGAUUUGCAGAAGGGCGAAAGAUAUGUAAAUAUGGACUACCUCGUGUUUUCGGCGCUGUUGACAUUUGCGAGCCUCAAGGCUGUCAAUUUCUCUUACGACAUCGCGUGCCAAUGGCACAAGAAGCUUUGGAGUCGUGUCCCUUCCCUGCCACCCCGCCUUCAACCAGACCUUGCCGGAAAGACAUUCCGCUUUUUUGUCCCCAAGUUUCAUCUGGCGGCUCAUAUCGAGGCGUGUCAAACAAUGUUUUCGCUGAAUUGGUCCCCCGGUGUUGGCAGAACCGACGGAGAAGCCCCCGAACGUGGCUGGGCAAAUAUUAAUCGCGUUGCUACCAGUACUAAAGAGAUGGGUCCUGGAGCACGCCGAGAUACACUGGACGACUAUUUCGGAGACUGGAACUGGAAGAAAAUCACGUCACUAGGACGAGUAUUGUUACGGAAGGUCAUCGAAGCGGUUGGCGCUGAGCAAGAGCAUCGCAUCGCACUAUCCGAACUCGAAGGCUCAAUCCGAGAGUCCGAACUAGGUGCCUCCUCGCUCGCAGAAUGGAGAGAAGAGAUUGAGACUUGGGAGGUUGAUCACACCCAACCUAAUCCUUUUGAGAGACGGGUUGAUACCAUGACUCAGGCAGCCGUUCGGCUGGAGCUCGCAAAACAAGAUGCCAAGGAGUUGGAGGAUGGCACUGCUGUGUCCCUUCACUCUGAGGUAUCUUGCAGUAUCCUCAUCAGUACUGGCAUUGAUCUUGAACAUACCCACAUUUUGACCCGCAGCAACGCCCUCCUCCGCCGCAUAGAUGCUUGGAUGACAAUUCAGACUUUGUACAUGCCAUCAGUCGCGAACCUACGUGCCAAUAGGUUGGUUGACUUGUCAAGUGACGACGACGACGAUAGUGGCUGUCCCAAGCCAAAUCCCAACUCUGGAAAGGCCGAAGACACGCAGCUCCUUCUGCCUUCCGAGGUCUGUGAUCAUGUACCAUGUGAUCGCAAACUCCUCGAAAUCGAAUGGUCUCUCCGGCUCGCACAAGGCCACGAUGCACUAAACGAGUGUCGCACUCAUAUCCGCCUUCGUCGGCAGCUGGUCCAAUUCAAAAAACAUCACAUACGCGGUCAAAAUCCCAACACUCGCGCGAGGAAGACGCUCGACGCUGUCGAAGAACGCCUGGUCAUGAGCCACGCAAAAUACUCACGUGCACGUAAGGCACUGGUUGCUCUAUCCAAACAUCUCGAUCACACCGGUUGGGAACAAAAACUACAGCCGCUCACAAGAUCUCACCUCCGUCCUAUAGGGGACUUUGCAGGGAAAACACAAGGCACAAGUAUAAUGUCCUGGAUAUGGCUCACGCGUGGAAUCUCUAACGACGAUGCUGAAAGUUUGCAAGACUCGCUUCGUGUUGAGUGGUGCAAGGCAAGGGCACGUCAACACCGUUGGUCCGAGGAAGUCCGACUUUUGUUGGAAGAGAUGCGGCGAGUUCUAGCCUUUUUUGACUGGCAGGUGCAAUGGUGGGAGGACCGUACUGGUUUGCGAACGCUGGCUAAGUCAGAGGAGUCGGAGGGCUUGAUUGCGUAUGCGAAGCGGCAGGCUUUUAUUCGGCGCAGGCUGUCAGCAUCGUUCAAAGAGAAGUGGAAUGAUCGAUUCACGGUGUUCGUUGAUGGGGGCAGUGACGAGUACCUUAGAUCUACUAGCGAUUCACGGCGUUCGUUGAUGGGGGCGGACAAAUACUUACCUCGCCCGGCGCAGGAGGUGCUCACUGGGCACAGCCUCCAAUGGAUAAUUGCACAUGAAGGAUGUAUCUAUGUGUGGAUGGCUAGACUAAAUGAUGUAUUAGGGUUUUUGGCUAGUAAGCCAGUUUGA